GAGGCAAUUUAGACCACGUCGCCCUAUGUACUGCAUUUAGCUGCAUCACACACAUAUUAAUCCAGCACCAAACGUUACCGUCGCAAAGGAGCUGUUUCUCAUUUAUCAAAGCACAGGGCUGUGUGAGUAAUGUGAUAUUUAAACAUAGCAUGUACACAGACCAUGACAUGCUACAGGAGAACAAAAUGUGCGAGUAUGAGAGAGACUGAGAUAGAAAAAUCUGGGAGAUGAUUUGUUGGUGUGUGCAGAUCCGGAAUAUAAAACACUGAAGUCAGCAUCCACCCUCCGCCCCCAACUCAUCAGCAGCAGUAUGGGUUGACUCUGUACUGCAAUUUGCCACCUCCCCCUUCCCCACCAUCCGAUGAUCAUUCAUCUCCCUCCCUUGGUCCCUCAUUUCUCUCUCGAACCUCCUCUCACAGACAUCCCUGAUGCAAGUGCUGUAAGCAGGCAGCCAGCAGCAGCUGAGGCUACCCAGGGAUGCAAAUGCUCUGCAUUACCAUGCCUGGACGAACGGAAAGGCAGGAAAACGGCUAAGAGAGGCUCUAAACCAAAGUAACUCUCGGCUGUCAAUGAGAGGAAAAAAAGGGGGGUGAGUAGAAGAAGCGGAGCGAGAGCAAGAGCAAAUGCGGACAGAAGCAUGAGACAGUGAAGACAAAACGUGAACCCUACUGUCACACAAGACUGGGAAAACAUAUAAGACACCAAUCAACCUAAAUCAACUUCUGUUGCUCUAAAAAAAGGGGGAACAGAAAGAGAGAUCAGAACAGACAACGACAUGUUCACAAAGUAAUGGAAAGGACAGACCACACCAUACCUGCCUCCAUGCCGACUAAGCUGUUGCUCCUUCUUCUGUUCGGGGUGCGUGUGCUGGCCAUUUGCCCGCCAAUUUGCAGCUGUAGCAGAGGCCAUAGAGUGGUGGACUGCUCUGCACAAGGGUUAGCUAUACUUCCUGAUAGCCUGCAGCACAACAUUCAUUUCCUCAACUUGUCACAUAACCGACUCCAAGAUCUUGAUGAACUCCUCAACCAUUUUGACCACUUAAGAACUCUGGACAUCUCCUAUAAUCAUCUGCACCACCUUCCUGUUGGUCUGCCAAGAGCACUUUGGGAUAUACGUGCCUCUGGAAACUAUAUCCGUCAAUUGGAGAAGAACGAUACGGCCUACCACUGGAACCUUCAGAAACUGGACUUGUCACACAACUUGCUGGAACGUGUGGUCUUCAUUAACAAUACGUUGUCCAAUCUCCAAGCUCUCAACCUUAGUCAUAACAAAUUCUGGACUGUCCCAACGAACAUGCCCCACAAUUUGGAGAUGGUGGACCUCUCUCACAACUACUUGCUGCAGAUCUUGCCUGGCUCACUGGAUCGCCUCCCCAGGCUGUCGAGAUUCUACCUGCAUGCUAAUCGUUUUAACUCGUUAAGCGAUGGUGUCUUCAGUCGACUAGAUGGACUGCAGCUCCUCACACUUGGAGACAACCCUUGGGCUUGUGAGGACGAGGAGAAUAUAAACCAUCUGCUGACUUGGAUGCAACAGACCCCUGCAAAAAUCUUGGGCUGUCCCUGCUACACCAGGCCCACAUGUGGAGAAGCUCACCUGGCCACUAGGAGAACCUGGCACUCAGCCGCAUUCACAGAGCUGCCGCUGGGUGCCGACGCUCGUCAUCCUGGCCACCGAACACCAAUGCAGGGAGUUACAUCUGGGUACCUGUCCAAGUCAGCUCAGUGGAAUGUGGGUCAAUAUCCAAGCACUGUUAAUACCUCUGGGCCAGGCGAGCAGGUACUGAUUGUGGGUGGAGGAUUUCUCACGUCAACUCCUCAUAGCCUGUCCACACAGUCAAGCACAACAAUCCGAACACGCAGCACCAUGAAGGUCCUUCCAGGCAGAGCUCGCAGCACAAGUCAUCAAAUCCACAUAUGCAGCUUUGAAACCACCAUUUUGAGCCUUUUAUAUCCAGCUCUUAUUGUCAGUGCUUGGUGAUUCUGUAGAACAAUCUCAUGAACUAGACCUGCUGCCUUGAGCAUGAAAACAAAAAAUCCACAAAGAAUGAAAAACGGGAGACUUACCUCUUAAGUUUCCAUUUUGACAUUGUUAUGGCUACCUUCUUGAACAUUUUUCAAUAUAUGCAAUCUCUGCCUGCUUCCAAUAAAAUUACCAUCUUCUA